GACGCUGGAGCCUAUUAUCCAAUUAGCGGCGUUAGAGAAGGGGUUGUCCUUGACACGGCUAUUUCCCAAUUAGAGAGGAACACGUGCAUUUGCUCCCCUACUUAGCGCUGGGCCAACGGGUCAUUCGUGUCUUCCCAGCAAAAGACAACACUCUGUGUGUCCAAAAAAAACAAUCCCCCAAAAAAAUAUAACCCCUGUGUAUGAAAGCAAAAACCAAAAAAAGAGAAAGAGGACUAUGCACGCGUUGGUGAACGCCUUCAUGCGCUGCCUCUCCUUCCUCUUGCCUCCCUCUUGGCUUUGUGUCGGCUUUUGCUUGUGGGCUGGGAAUGAGUGCGAGGAGACGCUGCCGCCGCGGCCCAAUCCCAGAGCUCGUUUCAAAAGCAGAAAGCCUCUUACAUAUGAGGAAGUGGCAGCACUAGCAGCGGUAGAAGACCAAGGAGGCUCCAGCCCGUCGGUCUCGCCAGCUCCACCAGGCUGCGUCUCGCCGGCUGCUACGAGCCCCGCUGCUCCUCAGGGCCCUCCGUCGGGUCGGAUCUGGAUCGGGGGCCUCUGGCGAGCCGUGGAGCGCGUCCUCGGAGCCCCCUGGGUCCUCCUCCGUUAUCACUGGUGCCCGAAGAAGAAGCGUCGAGCGGCUUUACGCGCCCCGUAUCCUGUCUGUGCCUUCGCGUCGAGCAAGAUUCGAAGCGACCAGGGAGGCGCUGCUGCUGCUGCUGCUGCAGCUGCUACAGCCGCGGAAGGGAAGGGAGCGGGUGGAGGCACCUCGACGUGUUCGGCGAACAUGAGCGGGUCCGCGGGGAGUCCCGACUUGAGCCCGGAGGAGCGCGUCUCGGAUGCGUCAGCGGAGCGCAGCAUCGAUGAGGUAAUCACCGUGGAUCAGCACACGCAGGAGAUGGGGACGGUGACGAUCACGGUGGCCAUUCAGGCGGCGGAGGACGAGGAGCCUGAGGAAGUGUCCGCCAAUAUUAUUGACUUCCUCGGAGGCAGCUGUAGUGAGGACGAAAUUGGAAGACAUGACAAAUCCAGCGGUGCCGGCACCAGCGGAGGUGAGUUGGAGGAGGAGAGCUGGCAGCCCCCGGAUUCAGAGCUCAUCCAGAAGCUGGUCGCUCAGAUCGAGUACUACCUGUCCGAUGAGAACCUGGAGCACGAUGCCUUCCUGCUUAAGCACGUCAGACGCAACAAACUGGGCUUUGUCAGCGUCAAGUUGCUCACUUCGUUCAAAAAGGUGAAACACUUGACUCGAGACUGGAGAACAACCGCUUACGCUCUGAGACACUCCGGUAUACUCGAGCUGAACGAAGAGGGGCGCAAGGUGCGGCGCAAAUCCGCAGUGCCGGUCUUUGCCAGCGAGUCGUUGCCCAGCCGCAUGCUGCUGCUAAGUGAUCUGCAGAGGUGGCCGGAGCUGGCAGCUCUCACUAAGGAAAAUGGAGGCAGCAGCGAGGCAGGAGCGACUCAGCAGGAGCAGCUGAUGAAGCUAUUGUUGAAGGAGUUCGGAGCAUAUGGCGCCAUCGCCUCCGUCCGAGUGCUGAAGCCUGGGAAGGACCUGCCGGCCGACCUGAAGAGGCUGAGCGGCCGCUACACUCAGCUGGGCACUGAGGAAUGUGCCAUUGUGGAGUUCGAAGAGGUGGAGGCCGCUGUCAAAGCCAACGAAGCCGUGGGGAGUGAGGAUGGAGGCGCCGGUUCGCUGGGGUUGAAAGUAGUCUUGAUCGGCACCAAGCCGCCCAAGAAGAAGGUAACCAAGGAAAGGCCGCGGGAGGAAGGAGGGCUGCGCAAAAGUCGCUCGCUCAACAGCAGGGUGCGAGAGCUUCAGUACCACGGGGACGACUCGGCCUGCAGCUCCUCGGACACUGAGAGCAACCCUACGUCCCCGAGGCUGGCCAGGAAGUCCCAGUCCUGCAACAAGCUCAGCCCCACCACUGCGGCCCUCAACAUCCAGAACAAUCACCUCAGCCCCAGUAUGUCCCCGCGCAACAGUCCCUGGUCGAGCCCCCGCGCCAGCCCCUGUCCUCAGCGCAAAUCUCCCCAUUCCCACAAGUCUCCCUUAGCCAGCGAGGGCAGACUGAGCCCGGAUUCCGGGCGCCGCUGGGCAGACUACUCCUCGGACAGUAGCCUCACCCCUUCGGGAAGCCCGUGGGUUCAGCGGCGCAAGCAGGUCGCGUCGCAGGAGAGCAGCCCGGUCGGCAGUCCGAUGAUGGGUCGGAAGAUCCAGAACGCCGACGGCCUGCCACCGGGGGUAACGAGGCUGCCCAGGGGUCCCGACGGAACCCGCGGCUUUCACUGUGUCUCUGUUGCUGAGAGGGGAAAGACUGCGGCUACUCAGACUUGAUAUGUGGAGCAUCCUUACGCAUUACUUUACCCCUCCCCCCCCCCAAAAAAAAAAUAAAAAUUAUCUAUUCGAGCUGUUCUUGGCAGUAGCUCUCAGUCCCCACCCCAUGUUCGAGACUGUGUAGAUAUAUUUUUGUUCAUUGUUUUUUUUUUUUCUUUGGUUAUAUUUUUAUACGACGUUAUGAGUUACCAUGGUAACAUUAGUGAUUUACUAAUGGGGAUUUGAGUGAAUGUAAAUUAAUAUUGCUUUGAAAUGGACCAUGUCACCCCCAUUACCGUCUAAA